AUGGAACUAAGAAUUAAUAAAAUAUUAUUUAAUAUAAUAUCUGCUUUUAGCUUUCUAACGGGGAUUUUCUUUUUUAAAAAUGAUGGGAUUACGUUUAAAGAUUUUUUAUAUGGAAAUUGCAUUAUGAGUAAAAGUUUAGAUACAAGAAAUUAUCGAUUACUAACAAAAUAUAAUCAGGAUAAAGAUUCAAAUAAUAUAUAUUUAAACGAAAGAUUUCCAAUUAAUGGUGCAAAUGAAAAUAAAGAUAUUUAUAAUAAUAAAUUGUGGUAUAUAGACAAAAACAAAAAAUGCAAUAAAAAUAUGUUAAAUAAGGCUCAGUACUAUACAGAAGUUGUGGAUUACAAUAAUGGAAUAUUUGAUGGAAAACAUUUCCAUUUUGAAAAAAGAUUAAUCAAAAAAAAGGAUUAUGAUCAUUUUCUUGAAAAGCAGAGAAGAAUUCAAAAUAUAGCUUUAAAAAAGAUUAAGCUUAGAAAUUACCGAUUUAUAGGUACUAUAUUAUUACUUUUUUUCUUGUUGGGUAUAGGAUUACCAAUAUUACAAGGAUUUAAGUUGCUACAAAGUGCAGGGGAUAGUAUUAAAGAAUUGUCAUGGGUAAAAUCCUUGUGGAGUGUUGUUGAAUCAUGGUUAGAUAAUGCAAAAUAUCAUUUUUUUAUAAUAUCAUAUGGAAUAAUAAUUUUCAUAUUAUUUGUAAUACUUUUAAUAACGCUUCCCAAGAUUUUAAGAAAUAAUGAAAAAUAUAAUAAAUUGAAGUUGAUGAUGGAGUAA